AUGGCUCUUUGGCUUGUACUGGCCUACCAGGCUUUACUGGUAGGCAUUGUAGGACUAGUUGUUGGCUUCACAUCGGCCAACUCCUUCAUCCGUCCACUCGUCCUGCCUAUGCUGGCCGCUCUCGUGUCACAUGCUCUCAUCUUCAACAAGGAAGCAAUUUCACACAAGGGAACAUGGACCCUGAUCAACAUGAACACCGCGGGCCUCUUUCUCCAAUAUCUAGAUGUUGGUCUCAUCAGUCGCUGGUCAUAUUCGGCAUAUGGCCCUACAUCACCACGCGGCAAUCAGCCCAAUGCAAACCUCGGCUUAACAGACCGCAAGAAACCACAGCAGAAGGCUUCCCAUCUGGUCUCUCGUCUGCAAUGGGCGUUUGACGUCGCCACGUCCUGGCGUGCUCCGGCGACACCAUGGGAGGUAAAGGGCACACCACAGUUUGCAAUGGUGCCCAGUCGCGGACGCUUCAUUGUCAGGAAGGCAAUCACCUUGAUCUGGUCUCUGUUAAUUCUCGAUGCAAUGAGCCUAAUGGGAGGCCAGCCCGACCCUGCAGUGAAUGCGACCAAGUUCUCGUGGGACAAGGUCCUCUUCCUGACGCGGCUGGGUGAAGUCACAAGAAACGAGGUCAUCUUGAGAACAAUUGUCGUAUACAUCCGCUGGGUGGCCAUAUACUAUUACGUCCAAGCAUUCUACUCUUCAUUAGCUAUUGUGUGUGUCGCGGCGGGCGUUUCGCCGGUUCAAAGGUGGCCGCCACUGUUCGGUUCCAUCUCCGAGAUGUACACGAUCCGCAAUACUUGGGGGCCAUUCGUCAGAAAAUCAGCAGUCCCGCCUAUUUACACGACAUAUUCCCUGCUUGGACUCAAAAAAGGAGGGAUUGCAGGCCGAUACAUGUUCAUUCUUCUCACGUUCACAGUCUCUGGCCUAUUUCAUCUCUUCGGCGAGGAGUAUCCAGGCGGAAUCCGCUGGGACCAGUCUGGCACGUUGCGCUUCUACAGCAUCCAAGCUCUGGGCUUCAUGAUUGAGGACGCUGUUCAGGCGAUCUGGAGCCGGGGUUUCAAGGGCCAAUACAGUCGGUGGACUACAGCUGUUGGAUAUGUAUGGGUUCUGUUUUGGAUUUUCUGGACGUCACCGGCCUAUUUCUACCCCCUGCAACUGAAUGUUACUGAGAAGAAGCCGGUUUUGCCCUUUAGCGUAGUUGGACCGCUGCUUCAAAGCCUCAAAGAAGGAUAA